AUGGCUACCUCAAAAGAUGCCACUGGCCAUCCGAACAACGACAUGGAAAAGAUGGAGACGCAGCAGGACAUCAUUGAGAGCAUUAACAAACUACUUCGUCGGAAGACAGAGCUCGAUUUCAAGAGUACGGCAAAGUCGCUGAACAAGAACGAUGUGGAUUUGGCAUUGAUCAUGUCAGACGAGCAAGUGCAGAGGGAGCUCCGUUCUCUCGAGCGCACCGUCGCUGGCUACAUCGGCAUUUGCGAGCACAAAUUGCGGCAGAGAAUCGAGGACUUGGUUGCCCCAGAGUCAUAUGCGGAGCGAAACGAUGUCGUUCUGGAGCCAUUACCGGAAUCAAUGAUAGUUGAAGAGCCUUUGAUCGAAGAAGUUUUCGGCAUCGGAAAACAUGCCACCACAUCCAAAACAGCCACCACUGCCCCAAGGCCUCUAGAAGCUGAUUCCGAGCAACAGAAACUUAUACAAGAGAAAUUCCGCAGUAUCCAGGACCCCAUUAACCGUGAAGGGGAGGCGCUCUACUUCUUCUACGGCACGCUCAUGGAUCCAGCGACCCUCCAGCGCGUGACAGGGCUGCAGGCCACGCCCCGGAUGAGGCCUGCCCACGUCGUCGGCUACACCACUAAGUUAUGGGGUCCCUUCCCUGUGCUGCUCCACGGUCGAAGGGACGAUCUGGUCAGGGGCAUGGCGUGCGAGAUCGAGGGGUCCGGGCCUAAGCGUCGGCUGGAGGAGUACGAGGGGAAGGACUACGAUGAGUGGGAACUCGACCUGCGGCUGGACAAGCCCGAUGGCACGUGGGAGGUGGUUCCAGGGGUGACGUUCAAGUGGGUUGGGCCCAGGGACGAGCUCCAGGCGGGGACUUUCAGCUUGAGUAAGUGGCAGGACAUUUAG